UAUUUUGAUUGAAAUUUGAACUGCUAUUAUUUAGAUUUAUUGAAUGCACUAGAGAAUGUAUCUCUACAACCUGACCCUGCAGAGGGCGACGGGGAUCACCCACUCCGUUCAUGGAAACUUCUCUGGUGCUAAGCUCCAGGAGAUAGUUGUGUCUCGGGGAAAGACUUUGGAGUUAAUGAGACCUGAUCCAAACACUGGAAAGGUCCACACACUGGUGAGCACAGAAAUAUUUGGAUGUGUCAGAUCUCUCAUGUCUUUCCGACUUACAGGUGGAGGUAAGGAUUAUGUUGUUGUUGGAUCUGACUCUGGUCGAAUCUGUAUCCUGGAGUACAACGCAGCAAAGAACUCCUUCGACAGGGUUCACAUCGAGACUUUUGGGAAAAGCGGCUGCAGAAGAAUUGUUCCCGGACAAUAUCUAGCGAUUGACCCUAAAGGACGGGCUGUGAUGGUCGGCGCGAUUGAGAAGCAAAAACUAGUUUUCAUCAUGAAUCGUGACGCACAGGCGCGUCUGACAAUCUCCUCCCCCCUGGAAGCGCACAAGACGAAUACGAUUGUGUUCCAUAUAGUUGGUGUAGAUGUAGGGUUUGAGAAUCCAUUGUUUGCGUGUCUAGAGAUAGAUUACGAGGAGGCGGAUAAUGACCCAACAGGCGAGGCUGCCCAGAAGACCCAGCAGACGUUGACCUUCUACGAGUUGGACCUUGGUCUCAACCACGUGGUGAGGAAGUACUCCGAACCUCUGGACGAGCACGCAAACUUCUUGAUCUCAGUUCCGGGAGGAAACGACGGUCCCUCCGGAGUUCUCAUUUGUUCAGAGAAUUAUAUCACAUACAAGAACCUGGGAGAUCAACCGGAUAUCCGGUGUCCGAUCCCUAGACGAAGAAACGAUCUGGACGAUCCUGAAAGAGGAAUGAUCUUUGUCUGCAGUGCCACCCACAAGACCAAGUCCAUGUUCUUCUUCCUGGUGCAGACAGAGCAGGGCGACAUUUUUAAGAUAACCCUGGAGACAGACGAGGACAUGGUGACGGAAAUCAAGCUCAAGUACUUCGACACCGUCCCCGUCGCCAGCGGGAUGAACGUACUGAAAACUGGAUUUCUGUUCGUCGCUUCUGAGUUUGGAAAUCAUUAUCUCUACCAGAUUGCGCAUCUUGGAGAUGAUGAUGAUGAACCUGAGUUCAGCUCUGCUAUGCCCCUGGAGGAGGGAGACACAUUCUUCUUUGCUCCUCGUCCACUCAGAAAUCUCGUGCUCGUCGACGAACUCGAAUCCCUGUCACCUAUCCUUCACGCGCAGAUUGCUGACCUCGCUAAUGAGGACACACCACAGAUAUACGCUGCUUGUGGCCGAGGACCGAGGUCGACUAUGCGAGUGCUUCGUCACGGGUUGGAGGUCAGUGAGAUGGCGGUCUCCGAGCUGCCCGGUAACCCCAACGCCGUCUGGACUGUCAAGAAGAGGUAUGAUGACGAGUUUGACGCGUAUAUCAUUGUAUCCUUCGUGAACGCUACCCUUGUUCUCUCUAUCGGAGAAACAGUUGAGGAAGUAACAGACUCCGGGUUCCUGGGAACUACGCCAACAUUGUCUUGUGCACAGAUCGGAGACGAUGCCCUUGUCCAGGUUUACCCUGACGGUAUUCGUCAUAUUCGUUCAGACAAGCGUGUCAACGAGUGGAAAACCCCGGGCAAGAAAACAAUUGUCCGCUGUGCGGUCAACCAGCGUCAGGUGGUCAUUGCUUUGACCGGGGGAGAGCUGGUGUACUUUGAGAUGGAUCCGUCUGGUCAGCUGAACGAGUACACGGAGAGGAAAGAGAUGUCUGCUGAUGUUGUGUGCAUGGCAUUAGGCAAUGUUCCUGCUGGCGAGCAGAGGUGUAGAUUCCUGGCUGUAGGUUUAGCAGAUAAUACUGUCAGGAUUAUAUCUCUGGAUCCUAAUGAUUGCUUGACUCCUCUCUCUAUGCAGGCUCUACCUGACUCUGCUGAGAGCCUGUGUUUGAGUGAGAUGGGAGGAACGGAGGGACGGGAUGGAGAAGCCGGAGUACAAGGACAGUUCUAUCUCAAUAUUGGUUUACACAACGGUGUACUGCUCAGGACUGUAGUUGAUCAAGUGACAGGAGAUCUAUCUGAUACAAGGACAAGGUAUAUUGGAUCCCGGCCGGUCAAAUUGUUCCGUGUAACAAUGCAGGGCGGAGAAGCUGUCCUGGCGAUGUCAUCUCGAACCUGGAUCUCAUACUACUACUCUAACAGGUUCCAUUUGACUCCGCUAUCCUAUGAUACCCUGGAGUAUGCUGCUGGGUUCUCUAGUGAACAGUGUCCCGAGGGUGUGGUAGCUAUCUCAACCAACACACUUAGAAUUCUGGCGCUUGAGAAGUUGGGAGCAGUGUUCAAUCAGGUGGCCUACAACCUCGAGUUUACGCCCAGGAAAUUCGUAGUUCAUCCAGAGUCAGGAAUGAUGAUUGUUAUUGAGACCGACCACAACGCGUACACCGAGGACACGAAGAGCCAGAGGAAGAUACAGAUGGCGGAGGAGAUGAGAGAAGCGGCUGGAGAAGACGAACAGGAUUUGGCGAAUGAAAUGGCGGAGGCCUUCUUAACAGAAAACCUUCCUGAAGCAACCUUCGGAGCUCCCAAGGCGGGGGCGGGUAUGUGGGCUUCUUGUAUCCGUCUUUUCAACCCAAUCAACGGACGCACAAUUCAGGUUAUAAACUUGGAUCAGAAUGACGCCGCAAUGAGCGUUGCCCUGUGUAAGUUCCCUCACAUGGACCCCACCUCCACCUUCUGCUUGGUGGGCGUGGCCAAGGAUUAUCAGCUGAGCCCCCGCUCCGUUGGAGGCGGUUCCGUUCACGUUUACAGAAUUAUCCACGGCGGUACUGGACUAGAACUUAUUCACAGAACGGCGGUUGAUGAGAUUCCAUAUGCCAUUCACUCGUUCCAGAACAAGGUAUUGAUUGGAGUAGGUAAGCUACUACGUCUCUACGACCUGGGAAGAAAGAAGUUGUUGAGAAAGUGUGAAAACAAACAUAUUCCUCAUAUUGUUGUUGACAUCAAAACCGUCGGAGAACGUAUUAUUGUUUCAGAUGUACAGGAAUCCGUUCAUUGGGUGAAGUAUAGAAGAAGUGAAAAUCAACUAAUUGUAUUCGCAGAUGACACAACGCCAAGGUGGGUAACUUCAACAUGUCCUCUGGAUUAUUCCACAGUAGCAGUUGCUGACAAGUUUGGUAACCUUAGUGUUGUUCGAUUACCAUCAAAUACUAAUGAUGACAUAGACGAAGAUCCAACAGGGUCCAAAUCUCUGUGGGACCGUGGUUUAUUGUCUGGUGCCGGACAGAAGGCAGAAUGUGUGUCUGUUUUCCACGUGGGAGAAACGAUGGUAUCUCUACAGAAGGCUGCUCUUAUACCUGGUGGAUCAGAUUCAUUGGUUUACACAACAUUAUCAGGAACGGUUGGUAUGUUGGUUCCAUUUACAUCUAACGAAGAUCAUGAUUUCUUCCAACAUCUUGAGAUGCAUAUGCGUGGUGAGAACCCUCCGCUAUGUGGACGUGAUCAUCUGAGCUACAGAUCAUACUACUACCCCGUCAAGAACGUGUUGGACGGAGACCUAUGUGAGCAGUUCAACACCUUGGAGCCGACCAAACAGAAGUCCAUCGCGGAGGAGUUGGACAGAACCCCGGCCGAGGUGAGCAAGAAGUUGGAGGAUAUCAGAACAAGAUACGCUUUCUAGAUCAUACAACCGUCACAGUACAAGGAUCUAGAGUAACAAGCUGACAAUCCUAGAUAAUGGACAAAUUGUUAGACCCAAUGAUUAUCUAGACUCAGCCCAUCUAUAUGUAAAUAUAUUUCUAGAUCAAGUAGUUCGCAGAUCUAGGCAUUUAAACCAGACUUCAUCUGUUUUCAUUGUAAACACACAGUGUACCUCUCAUGUUUUGCGUAAUUUCAGACAAAUCUUGCAAAUUAAACAAAAUGGCCGCGACUGGUCGGGAGGGAGACGGGUUCGGACACCCUCGAGGACUGCGUGAGGUCAUUCCCAACCAAACCAGGUUUCGGAAACACAAGGAGUUUGUGGUUCCAACAGGUGGAAGGCUCUCCACUCUGCAGG